AUGUCUAGCGAUCAUGUCGUCGAGGCCUUGCCUUCCAGCGAGCCUGAGAUUACAAGCGUUUCUGAAGAGAAAAAGCAACCAAUUGACUCCACCACCCCUCUGUUCCCGCCUCUGGAAUGGCUUGAGCGUAUCAAGGCGGACUACACUGGUCAGCAUGACGGUGAGACACUGCCUGCUGGCUGCGAUCCCGACCGGAUGGCGGUGUCGGUCCUGACCCUCACCGUGGAUGAGUCCCUCGAUACUCUAGAGACGCUUCUUGAGAGUCAAAAGAAUGACUAUACAAUUGACCAGCAGAUGCUAGGUCGUUUUCGUCAGCUGCUACAGGGCCACAAAGCCUGUGAGAUGGAGCAGGGAGAAUGGGAAUAUGAGGUGUGCAAGCGUGCUGGUUUGUGCCAUAAUUGGUCGCCAUACACUGAAGUGCGCGCUGUGACACUGCCUUAUGAUGACCACGAGGAAUCAUGUGAGAGUAUCCGAGCCUAUGCUCUUGGAUACUUCUGGGUCUGUGUCUGCACUGCUGUCAAUGCCUUCUUUGCACCUCGCCAACCCGGCAUCUCCAUUCCAGGCUCCGUUGUCCAGCUUCUCUUAGUGCCAAUGGGCCGCUUUGCAGCUUGGGCUCUCCCAGAUUGGGGCGUCACUAUCCGCGGCACACGGUACACUCUCAACCCAGGACCAUGGACGGCAAAGGAGCAGCUAUUCUCCACCAUCAUCUUUACUGGCGCCUCCAGCAUCGGUAACUUCACUGGUCUCCUCGUGCUCCGCAUGCCUGUCUUUUUCAACCAGCGCUGGGCCACCUUCGGCUUCAAUAUCAUGCUCGCACUCGCUAAUCAGGUCUAUGGUCUCGGCAUGGCUGGUAUUCUCCGCCGUCUCAGUGUUUACCCUGUCGAAGCAGUCUGGCCCAAGGUCUUGCCUGUUCUUGCCCUCAACCGCACGCUGAUUAACCAGGACAACAAGCGCGAGACUGUUAAUGGCUGGAAAAUAUCGCGUUAUAGGAUGUUCUUGGUGUGCUCGGUCAUCUUCCUUGUCUACUUCUGGAUUCCUAACCAGUUCUUCGUGUCACUUCGCCUCUUUAACUGGAUGACGUGGAUUGCACCCAACAACUUCAACCUAGCUGUUGUCACAGGCUCGUACGGCGGUAUGGGUUUCAACCCUAUUUCUAGCUUCGACCCUAAUGUGUCCGGUAUGGAGACCAUGAACUCGCCGUUCUUUGCUCAACUGCAGCAGUACGUUAUGCGUCUGUUUGGUGGUGUCAUUAUCCUCAUCAUGUACUACAAGAACGCCUUCUGGGGUGCCUACAUGCCCAUCAACUCAAACGGUGCCUUUGAUAAUCAAGGUCAGGCGUACAAUAUUACUCGUGUCCUCGGCGACGGGACCCAGCGUAUCGACAUGGACAGGUACCUCGAGUAUGGUCCUCCGUACUACGCCAUAGCCAAUUUGUUUGUCACCGGCUGCAAUUUCGUGUACUACACGUUUUCAAUUGUCUAUGUGUUCACCAAGUAUUGGGCUGCCAUCAAAAAGGCCUUUGUCGGUAUCAUUGUCAACGCCUAUAAGCGACGCAGCAUUUACACCGGCUUUGUGGACGGUCAGACACGUAUGAUGCGCAGGUACAAAGAGGUUCCUGAAUGGUGGUACGGCAUCGUCUUCGCAUUCGGUUUUGCCGUGUCUAUUAUCAGCUUGACCGCUUGGCCGACACAGACUCCAUGGUGGUCAAUUCUUGGCGUUACUGGCAUCGGUGCCCUGCUCACAAUCCCCUGGGUCGUCAUUGAGUCCAUUUCCAGCACUGGCAUUGAUCUCAAUAUCAUCUGGCAAGUGUUGCCCGGCGUUUGGUUCCCUGGUCAGCCGUUGCCUCAGCUUAUUCUUCUCAUGCUUGGUGCCGCCUUUGAGCAGAUGGCCGGUGGCUUCAGUGCUGAUUUGAAGAAGGCCCAUUACGCCGGCAUCCCUCCUCGCGCCGUGUUCCGUGGUCACGUUUCUUCUGUCAUUUUCAAUUGUCUAAUCUACUGUGGUAUCAUUGAGCUUCUCAUGUGGUACGCUAACACAGACAGCACGUUCUGCACAUGGAACAACCGCCAGUACAUGGUCUGCCAGUACGCUCACUCCAUCUGGUCGUCAACUAUUCUCUUCGGUGCCUUUGGCACCAACAACAUGUUCAAGCUGUACCCCAUUCUGCCUUGGUGCUUCCUUCUCGGCGCCAUCCUAGGCGUUGCCUGGAUCGUCGGCGAGAAGGUCCUCCCCCGCGUCCGCCUUCAUUUCAAGAGCCGGACCGAAUCAGAAUCCUUUGCCCUUUUCGACAAAUACUUCUGGGAACCUGCUGCCAGCACCAUGGCCUGCCUUAAUCCGGCCAUCGCUCUCUCCGGUGCCCUGAAGUGGGCAGGAAACCAGAACCUGAGUUACGCCACGCUUCAGAUGUACCUGGCCUUCGUCUUCCAGUGGUAUCUUAAGCGACACUACACGGCCUGGUGGGGCAAGUACGCCUAUUUGAUCUGGGCCGGUCUCAGCGUUGGUGUGGCCAUUGCUGGUCUGAUCACAACGCUCGUGUUCGGAUUUGGUGCUGGUCAGGGUGUGGAGUUUUCAUGGUGGGGGAAUAAUGUUGCUCGUGAAGGCGUGGACUUCCAGCUUUACAAUAACAAUGCCACUCUCUACGCGAUCCCGAAGGAAGGCUUUGGUCUUUUACAAGAUCAAUAUCCUACUGGCUGGUAA